AGGUGAAUGUGGGGGUCCAAAGCUACUUGUUGGCAUAAGUAGUUUGGAGACUGUGGUAAAAAUGUGGGCUAGUAUAGUUUUGGUGGCUCUUACUGUGCACUUAAACUGUUUGGGCAUUACAGCAGUAUCUCCAUGGAAUCCACAAGCAGCAAAGCAGCAUCUCCCUCAGUUUCCUGUUCCACGUGAUCCUCAACAACCAGUGAUCAGUGGUGAGAAAUGUAGAGUGGAUGAUGUUGAUAAGGUUCCUUGUGGGGAACCUGGUCUAGAUGCUGCUCAGUGUGGUGCUAUAAACUGCUGUUUUGAUGGGCAGCAGUGCUACUAUGGGAGAACUGUGACCGUCCAGUGCACAAUAGAUGGCCAGUUUGUGUUGGUGGUGGCCAGGGAUACAACUCUACCCAGACUGAGCCUGGAUUCAAUCAGCCUGUUGGGAGGAAGUGAUGCCCCCUGCAGUGCUGUGGAUUCCAAUGUUGACUUUGCUAUCUACCAGUUUCCUGUAACUGCUUGUGGCACAAGAGCAAUGGAGCUGGGUGACUAUGUGGUCUAUGAGAACAAAAUGUCGUCCUCCUAUGAAGUUGGAGUGGGUCCGCUUGGUGCGAUCACAAGAGACAGCCACUAUGAGCUUUACUUCCAGUGUAGGUAUGCUGAUACAACCGUUGCAGCCCUGGCUGUUCAGCUUAUCCCCAAUAAUCCUCCUCUGCCUGUAGCUGCUUCUGGACCCCUCAUGGUAGAACUAAGACUAGGCAGUGGUCAGUGUGUCACAAAGGGCUGUGUGCAAGCACAAGCAGCCUAUACAUCGUACUACAGUGAUGCUGACUACCCUGUGACUAAGGUUCUGAGGGAGCCUGUGUAUGUUGAAGUGCGCAUGUUGGGGAGGACAGAUCCCAAUAUUGCGCUGGUCUUGGGGCGCUGCUGGGCAACCUCUUCCCCUGACCCCUUCAGCAUUCCUCAGUGGGACCUUCUGGUGGAUGGGUGCCCAUACCAGGAUGACCGCUACCUGACUACUCCCAUUCCAGUUGAUGGGUCGUCUGGACUUCAGUUCCCCAGCCAUUACAAGCGCUUUGUCCUGAAGAUGUUCACGUUUGUGGAUCCUGCCUCCAUGGCUCCCUUGCAAGAGAGGGUGUUCAUCCACUGUAGCACAUCAGUGUGUCAGUUAACUGCAGCUGACUCCUGUGAACCAAGAUGCAGCAGGCAAAGAAGGGAUGUUGCUGUAGCAGGACGGAAGUCUUUGCAUGAAUCGACUGUAGUGUCUAGUGGAGAAGUCAUCUUCACAAAGAAGCCCUAAACAUGUACCACCUCACCCUCAAGGAAAUCUAAAUCUUGUGGAAUAAAGAUGACUUUGAAUACUAUAACAAGUUUUUGACUUGAUGGUGAAAUGCA